UUCGUCCUCAUGUGAUUAGUGGGUGUGUGUUGUCUUCCCCCCUCAUUCAGUGCGACGUUUUAUUAAAGUUGUAAGAUGGCGACGGUGCAUCUAAGGAUCGGGGACCUAGUGUGGGGGAAGCUCGGUCGUUACCCACCAUGGCCAGGAAAGAUAGUAAGCCCUCCAAAGGACCUGAAAAAGCCCAGGGGCAAAAAAUGCCACUUUGUGAAAUUCUUUGGAACUGAAGACCAUGCCUGGAUCAAAGUAGAACAGCUGAAGCCCUACCACGCUCACAAAGAGGAGAUGAUCAAGAUAAACAAAGGGAAACGCUUCCAGCAGGCAGUCGAUGCAGUCGAAGACUUCCUAAAGAAAGCAAAGGGAAAAGAACAGAACUCAGAUGGCAAAGGAGACUCAAAAGGAAAGAAGACACCGAACAAGCCUCUGAAAAUACUGGAGGAGGAUGAUGAAGAUCUCAGUGCCCUGAAGGACCCCUCUGAGAAGGACUUAACUGACUCUGACCCCGAGCCAUCCAGUAUUGAGAGGCUGGGGGCUGGACCUGGCUCAGGAUUCAAAUGGGAAAGCAGUCCUGUGAAGGAUGACCCACAUUUCCAUCACUUCCUCCUCAGCCAGUCUGAGAAGCCAGCCUCAUCAAUGGAACCCAUUAGCAAGCGCCUGAAGAUAAUUGAAGAGGACACAGGGUCAACAUCUAUCCAAGCAGCCGACAGCACAGCCAUCAAUGGCAGCAUCACACCCACAGAUAAAAGGAUAGGCUUCCUGGGUCUGGGGCUGAUGGGUAGCGGUAUAGUUUCUAACCUGCUGAAAAUGGGUCACGUCGUCACAGUGUGGAAUCGCACAGCAGAAAAGUGUGACCUGUUCAUCCAGGAGGGGGCCAGGUUAGGCCGGACUCCUGCAGAAGUGGCUUCCAUGUGUGACAUCACUUUCUCCUGUGUCUCUGACCCAAAGGCUGCCAGGGAUUUGGUGUUGGGACCCAGUGGAGUGCUGCAGGGAAUCAGGCCAGGCAAAUGCUACAUAGAGAUGUCCACUGUAGACCCAGAGACCAUCACAGAACUCUCACAGGUGAUCACGUCGCGGGGCGGUCGAUUCCUGGAGGCUCCAGUGGCGGGAAGCCAGCAGCUCUCCAAUGAUGGGAUGCUGGUCAUCCUGGCAGCUGGAGACAGAACAGUCUACGAAGACUGCAGCAGCUGCUUCCAGGCCAUGGGCAAGACCUCCUUCUUCCUGGGUGAAGCAGGGAAUGCAGCAAGGAUGAUGCUGAUCCUAAACAUGGUGCAGGGCAGCUUCAUGGCCACCAUUGCAGAGGGGCUCACUCUGGCCCAGGCCACUGGCCAAUCACAGCAGACCUUCCUGGACAUCCUGUGCCAGGGCCAGAUGGCAAGCACCUUUGUGGACCAGAAAUGCCAAAAUAUUUUACAGGGCAACUUUAAGCCAGACUACUAUUUGAAACAUAUUCAGAAGGAUCUGAGGCUAGCUAUCUCCAUGGGCGACAUGGCCAACCAUCCAACCCCAAUGGCUGCAGCUGCCAAUGAGGUAUACAAGAGGGCUAAGGCACUGGACCAGUCAGACAAUGAUAUUUCUGCAGUCUACAGAGCCUACAUUCACUAGAAAGGGGUGUGACCUAUCCUCUGGACCACACAGUCUUUAAUCCAUUCUUAUUUCUCCCUCAUCAUUUACUGUUUUUUUUUUUUUUGUUUGUUUGUUUGUUUGUUUUUUGUUUUUUAAAAUUUUAGUAAUUUUAUUUCAUUGGUCCCCAGCGCCAGCUGUUACUUGCCCACAAGUCGCAGGAUGUAAUUCCUUUUUUAGAGGCAACAACCUUGAGCAUUGUACUGACUGUACUGGGGAAAUGUACGCUGUAAGGCCUGGGACACGCUGCCUGCAUUACCUGUGCAUGGCCGUCGUAGAACGUCUUGAUUUUCAUGUGAACAGGUUAGAGUGUCCACACAGCCUGCGUGAGACACAAGUCUGCAGCGCCACAGCUAGUGUGAAAAGAGGAAAAGAUCCGUUGAUAGUAUUGACAUCAUACCAGCAACGUUACAUAAAACACGUGUUUCACUAUAGUGUCGACAUCUAGGCUGAAUGUCACAGACAUGGAAACAAUAUACAGUAGUAUUUUUUUUUUUUUUUUUUUUUUAGCCAUUUUAUCAACAGCAUGUGGAGACAGUGGGGACCAUAUGUACUGUAUGGUCAUAGCAGAAACCCAGUGCAGGGUAUAGUUAUAUUGUGUCAAUAAUUUGGUGGAGGCCGGUCACCGUGUGUGUGUGUGUGUGUGUGUGUGUGUGUGUGUGUGUGUGUGUGUGUGUGUGUGUGUGUGUGUGUGUGUGUGUGCAUAUGUGCAUCAGUGCGGGGCUCUGAAUGAGGCUAAAUAAGGUGAAAAGAAAUCAAAUAUUGAAUUGAUGGCGGCGGCAGCAGCACGCGCUGGGGGUGUGGACACAGUUCUGCGAGGUGGCUAUCAUGCAGGUGUAACACAGGCCGUGUGUCCCGGGCAUAAGAGUUCUCCGGAUGAGGUUGUAGCUCUGCACUGCUGCAGUUUCUGACAAGACAAAGAAUAGUAGAUGUAAAGCAGGGUGUCUGUGGCUGCCAGGUCCAGUGCUCCUGUCAACAGCAUGUUGUGUGACUCCAGAUGAAUUGCUGUCAGGUUUUGUGGAUGCAGUAACCCUUAAGAUUUUUUUUUUUUGUUCAUGUUCAAAUGAAGAGUUUUAUUUAAUUGAGUGUGAUAUUUGCUUUUCUUUUUAAAUGUCCAGAAUUCCAUGAGAGAACACCAAGAACAUGCAACUGCAUUGCCUUAAUAUUGUAACCCCUCAAGUCCUUUAAUGAUAGAUGUAUUUAUUUAUGUUUCUUUCCAGGUCUUCUUGGUGCAGUUUGUUCAUGGCUUGUUUCUGUAUUUCAUGAUGAUGAUGAUGUUUCCUUUUACGUUGGUGUUAAUGAUCUUUCUUGAACAGGUUAAGGACAGAGCAACAGAUGUGUUGAGGCCUUAAAAUGCAGUAAUAAUUGAUGUUUCUCAUGAAGACUUGAGAUUUCCACAUUUGAAACCCUUCAUUUUUUUGUUUGGAAGAGUUCUCACUUCUACUGUGUUUUUCUUUUUUAAUACAUUAACCUGCAACUAGAUAAAUCCACUGUAUGAGUUGCAUUUUAACUGAAGUUCAUAAUUAAGCCCCAGUGUCAUGUUUUUUUUUUUUUUUUUUUCUGCUAAGUUAUAAAAACUUAUGGGUGGGUUUUGAUGCAAAGUUUAGAACCUCAUCUAAAAUACUCAAUUAAAAAUCAAACUAAUGAAGCAGGUUUUGUUAGUGGGGAGAAGACUGACACUGACAAACUGUAGAAUAAAUCCAACGUCCUCAGCCCCACACGCACAACUCAUUUCAGCUAAGCUGUUGUUACGUUUCCAUAUUGACUGAAUGAACAUAGGUGUGUUUUAUUUUUUAUUUCUUGCGUUGCCCCCAAAAAGAGUUGGAGGGGCAAGAGGUGGCCAUGUGACGGUGGGGGCAGUCUUCACUAGACAGUAGAGGUCCUCACAAGUCCACUGGGAUCUUAGUAAGCAAGACCUGAUCCGGGUCUGGAACCUGACUGAUGAAUUGGCCAGCCGGUGUUAUCGGCUGAUAGACGCUCCUGACAGAUUGAUCGACAUGUUGGAUGUCAGUGCAGAGCUAAUGGAGAUCUGUUAGAGGUCAGUAACACUGAAAUCUCCUGUUCACUAUGCCACAAUGCUUCAAUUAACAAAUUCAAGGGAUUGUGAUUAAACUAUUUGUUUCAUGUUGUUCAAAAGUGAAAAGUAUUUAUUUAAUAUAUUUUACCACAUUUUUUAACUCUCAAAUGUUGAUGCUGUACUGAGUCUGUUGUGCUCCACCUGGGCCCAGAGGAUUUUCUGAUCUGGUCAGACAGGAUGUUGUUCUGUUACUGAACGUCUCAGGUCCAUGGAUCCAAGCAAACUUUUGUGAUAAAAUCAUGACAUGUUAAUGUUUGUUAGUGCUGGAACAAUGUUCUGCAUCAGGUGUGAUUAUUCUCCAGUCUGUUCUAAUCGGUCGUUCUUCUGAGUUCAUUUAUGCAUGUCAGGUUUUCUGUGGGGGCCAUUUUGGAUGGGGCCAAAGUUUUGGACCUGUGAAGACCUCUACUAGGUGGCCUGACCCAUACCUUUACAUCAGUAUGCAGGUGCAGAUGACGAUGCCCAACAUAUGCAAAAUAAACAUGGCACAGUUUUGCUCACUCCCUGAGAACAUGAACCACUUACGAUGAACCCAGAUCCUCAAACUGGGCUCGUCAAAGACCCGACAGGCACAAAUCAAACAAGGCCGCUUUAAUGUGUCGGUGCCUAUUGGAGCGCCUUUCACUCCACCAGUAAAAUCUGCACAUGGAUCACAAUGUGUGAAUUGUAGCUCUGUGUGUGUUAGGGUACUGAGCCAUGUUCCUUUUUUUGUCAGGUUUGGCCAAAUUCACAUCAGUGCUAAUCUGUUCAUGCAGAAAUGAGUCAUGAUGGCAAAUAUAUAUUUUUGUUUCCUUGUGAUUCUUAUAAAAUAAAUAGAGAAAAAUGUGUCUCAAGAAGGAACACUCAACCUCACUGUCAACAUGUGGGUUGAGACAGUGAUUUAGACACGAGCCGUGUGUAGCCCUGCUGUAACUCAUCAGCGUGCACCGUCAGACCCAAACCUGUAAUCCCUCUGAUGCAGGAAAAACCACCUUGUGGUGGUUUGUUCUUUUACAGUUUUGAUCAGUUGAAACUACGUGAAUGAGUUUCUCAUAAAACACACAUGAAACAGACUGAUUUAGUUACAUGUUAAGAAUCCAGCACCACAUUAUCUGCCAAACAAUGUUUCAGUUUUUCUUGGGUUACACAUCACAUUUAAACAAGUUCUUUUAGACGACAGAUGUAAAUAGCAUAUUAGGUUGAGAAGAGUUUCUUUUAUAUCUACAAUAACCGAAAUUAAUGAAAACUUCUCUUGGUUUUGACUCUACAGAGCAACUGUCUAACAUCUUUGUGUCUUAAUACUGUAGAUUGGUCAGUUCAAGUGUAAAUGGUUUAUUGAUAUGUGGCUUAUAUAAUCUGUCUUAUUAUCACAUUAAAAUGACAAUGACUUGGCUCCAGUUACAGAAAGGAGGAUGUAACUUUGGUUUUGGGGAUAUAUGAUUUUGUGUACAUGUGGAAAUAUCAAGACUUUUGUGCUGUUUAAUAAAUCCUCUCCUGAUUACUGACA